UUAUGCUGCACCAGUAUCUCCAGAUGCUGUUUCCAGGGAACUAAGCUGCUUUCUAAUUAAAACUGCAAAGAGCAAUGGAGAGUUUAGGCAAAGACCAUGCUUCUUCGGACUCUUCCCUGCCACCCUCUGCAACCUGUGAGGAGUAUGCUGUGCCAGACGUCAUCAUAACCCGUCGCUUGAGAGACCGGGAGUUGCUCAGGAAAAGAAAAGCAGAAGCCCUGGAGAAAGAUUCAGCUCAGUGGGUUAUGAGAGACUAUAAGAACGAACAGCAAAGGAGAGCCAGAAGAGCCAAAAGAGGACGGGGCCGUCAGACAGUGGUCAAGGCUGUCCUGGAGUCAGAGCCAGCAGGGGACCCCCAGCCCGACCCAGAGGAGAAGGCUGAGCCAGCGCCCUGGGAGCCAGAGCCCUCGGAGCCAGCGCUGCCUGAAGCAGGCUUUCAACAGCAGCCACCAAUGCUGCCCAUCCAGAACAUGGUCGGUGGGCUGCCGGCGGGGGCAGUGGAAGGGGAGCUGGCAGACAGGAGCUUGGACCCUACUGGUGAAGAGGAUAUGCCGAAACCAGAAGAAGCAGAUCUAUUAAAAGAGUUCAAUACUCUGGAAAAUGACCACCAGGAUAACGAAUACAUUCCGCAUAUUCUGUAUUAACUUUCUGAUUGUUUGGGGAUAUUUUUUAUUUUUACUCUCACCUCACAAACUUGACAAGUAUGGCACAGUGAUUUUGAGCAGCUGCUUUCUUGGGAACCAUAAAGCCCAUACUCUCCUUGUCACUCUGCUUUCUAUGCUUCUUCCAGGCUAGAGAGGCAGCCCCUAGGGAGUUGCCUGUGGCUUAUGAGCCUCCUGCUCUCUCUGCAAACAGGCUGUUUUGCUUGGGCCCAUGGAAGGACUCACAGUGCUCUGCCACACUACACUUCAGUCAUACAGUCCAGCAUCCACCUGUGUUUCUGACAGUAAUUUCUUAUUUGCAUAAAUGUGAGUGGCAUUGCAAAGCUAACACUCACUGUGAUUUUAGCUGGCUGGAGAAGCCCAGCUUGAGCUUUUUACUGCACCCCACAAACCCCACCACAUUUUGUGCUAUCAUUAUUAGUCUGAAAGUUUUUCUCAUAGCCUGUUUUCAUCUGCAAUAAACAUCUUGCUUUCCUACA